CCUAGACCCGAGCUGCUGGCUUGCAAGGUAGGGAGAAGGAAGAUGCCCAAACGAAGUUGAUCUUCGGGGGAAGGAGGCUGGGGCGCGCCCUCCCCACGCCGGAGCGCAGCGCAGCGAAUUUGGCUCAACCUCACUGAGCCCCCCGGCGCGCUCUCCGGCGCGAACCCGCGGUCCCUCGGGAAAGCGCGGUCGGAAAGUUGUAGGCUGCGGUGUCCUGAGCGCCCUGUUGUGUAACCUCGGCGCUGCCGGCCGGACGGGGAAGUUGCUGGUCCACCGGCCAGCCAGGUUCGGUCGCCGCUCGGGGCGGAUUUCAUGGCCCGCGGCGAACGCGGGGCCGGAGCCGGCGUGGGCGAGCCCCCGCGCGCCCCCUCCCGCAGGGAUCCCCGGCUCCCGCUCCCGUCUGCUCGCCCGCCUUUCCGAUGCUCGCUGCGCCCCUCGCCGCCGCCGCCGCCCUCCUGCCGCCGCUUGUCCCUUGGAGCCGCCGCCUGAGUCGGGGAGGAGAGAAUGACCGAGGUGCUGUGGCUGGCGGUCCCCAACGGGACGGACACUGCCUUCCUGGCCGACCCUGGUUCGCCCUGGGGAAACAGCACAGUGAUUUCCACCGCCGCCGUCGCCGGCCCGUUCAAAUGUGCGCUGACCAAGACAGGCUUCCAGUUCUACUAUCUGCCAGCUGUCUACAUCUUGGUGUUCAUCAUCGGCUUCCUGGGCAACAGCGUGGCCAUCUGGAUGUUCCUCUUCCACAUGAAGCCGUGGAGCGGCAUCUCCGUGUACAUGUUCAACUUGGCCCUGGCCGACUUCUUGUACGUGCUGACCCUGCCGGCGCUCAUCUUCUACUACUUCAAUAAGACCGACUGGAUCUUCGGGGAUGCCAUGUGCAAACUGCAGCGGUUCAUCUUCCACGUGAACCUCUAUGGCAGCAUCUUAUUCCUGACCUGCAUCAGCGCACACAGGUACAGCGGCGUGGUGUACCCGCUCAAGUCCCUGGGUCGGCUCAAGAAGAAGAACGCGGUCUAUAUCAGCGUGCUGGUGUGGCUCAUCGUGGUGGUGGGCAUCUCCCCCAUCCUCUUCUACUCUGGCACCGGGAUCCGGAAAAACAAAACCGUCACCUGCUAUGACACCACCUCGGAUGAGUACCUGCGAAGUUAUUUCAUCUACAGCAUGUGCACGACCGUGGCCAUGUUCUGCGUCCCCUUGGUGCUGAUUUUGGGCUGUUACGGAUUAAUUGUGAGAGCUCUGAUUUACAAAGACCUGGACAAUUCGCCUCUGAGGAGGAAGUCCAUUUACCUGGUGAUUAUUGUACUGACGGUGUUUGCUGUGUCUUACAUCCCUUUCCACGUGAUGAAAACAAUGAAUUUGAGGGCCCGGCUGGAUUUUCAGACCCCAGAAAUGUGUGCUUUCAAUGAUAGGGUGUAUGCCACUUAUCAGGUGACAAGAGGUCUAGCAAGUCUCAACAGUUGUGUGGACCCCAUUCUCUAUUUCUUGGCAGGAGAUACUUUCAGAAGGAGACUCUCCCGAGCCACCAGGAAAGCUUCCAGAAGAAGUGAGGCAAACUCGCAGUGCAGGAGUGAGGACAUGACGCUCAACAUUCUGUCGGAGUUCAAACAGAAUGGAGAUGCGAGCUUGUGAAGAUGCAGGCAUCCCCGAGCACCCACUUUGUAACGUGGUAGGAUGCUUCAUAGAGCCAAGCGCCUAUUUUCCCCUUUCAGUUUCUAGUGAGUUUAGAGAACAUUCAAACCAAGAAGGCAGUGAAUUAACAAAUAAAAUAGAAGUGGAAAUGCCUACACCCACACUUAGCUUGUUUGGAUUUGCUUUCUAACCAGAAGUAUGUAACAUAAAGUUAUACUACCCUGCUUAAAUAUUUACUUUCUCUUCUGCCUUUAAAAUUUGCAAACUCUUCUCUUUAAAGUAUACCUGAGUACUGAAGCUAUUUGGAUAUUAAUAUUUUCUCAAAGAAAACUGACCACUGGAAACCUGAGUUUGUGAUUUGUCUAGUCUUUAUUGUCUUUAAUAAUCUGAGGUAGGAACAAAUUGAAACUUCACAUUCUUAGAUUAGAGUCAUAGACCAAAAUACUAAAGUCAGUUCAUUCAGUAGCAGAUGAACAGAUUGCUGCCGGGUGUCUUUUUUUGAUCUUGUAAGCAUAGGUGGUAGCUGGCUGAAUUUCUCUGGAGAAUUGAAUAGAAAAAUCAAGUCAAUGAAUUUACAAGUCUCCCAAGUGAUUAUCUCACGAUGGUUUCUAGAAAACUGCCUACUCUGUGUUGGGUGCUAAAUGUUUGUGGAUGGAAUUAUCUGUAUAUUAUCUUACAGGUAAAAUGCCUUCAAAAUAAUCUAAGUGUAUGUACUUUGCUUGUAAACACCACAAACUCUGUUAGACUUCCUGUGACAAAGAGCUUUUGCUUGCACCACUGCUGUGCACUGCCCAAGGAGUAUGUUUGUGUUCCAGUACAAAUGCUAACUUCCAUCUGUAAAAACAAUUUUAAAAAUCACAGAUAAAUUACAGAUCAAAGUUGAAUAGCUAUUAGCAAGUUGACGGAUGUCGGCAGGAGGGAGAGUGGUUGACAGUCAUCCAUAAUGCAUAACCUGCAAGCAUAUUCUCAAAUGGAUGAGGGACCAAGAAGGGGGAGAUGACAUUUUUAGCAUAAGGGUUUUAGUUUAAAUUAAUUAUGGUGUAAAAGCUCGCUCUCUCUCUUUUUUUGACUUCUUCCAAAUGCUGGAAAACAUGGAGUGCAGUGUACCAAGAAGGCAGAGUGUGCAUGGAUUGUGUUAGUAGAAUGAGGCGCUAUAAUGCUUUGCUGGGUCUUACAUCCUCACUUUUGAAGGGAAAACUCCAAACAUAUGGGAAAGGGAAAUAUGAAGAAUUAAAUUUAAAUACUUGAAGUACUGCAGCACUACAAAGUGAGGUGUAGAAACUACUAAUCAGACUAAUAAUAGUUUAAGCGAAUAGUACUGGACAGUGUUUUAUAUUUUACCUGUGUCAGGCAGUAAUGACAAAUCUAUUAAAUACUUCAGUAACUUUCAUAAUGAUUUUCAGUGAAUAGUGAAUUGCUGCAUUUCUGGCCCUUGAAACGGUCAACUUCGAAAUAUGUAGAAUAAUGAGUGAGGUGACUGUUUACAACAUCAAAUAAAUAAAUCCGAUAUCAAAGGAAUUUCUCAUGGUGAAGACACGCCAACAAACCAGCAUCAGAGUCUGCAACUGAUGGUGGGGAAACUUGUUUGAAAGCACUUUAUAUGUAGAGCUAUUUGGGGCUGCGUCCAAGGUAAGAACCUUAGCGUCCUGCGGGACCUGGCAAUAAGAAAAUCAGAGCUGGACUUCAGUUCUUGCAGCAUCUGGAUGGAUUGCAGAUUUGUGAGCCCUGCAGUUUCUUAGACUUUCUCUGACUACUAAGACCAAUGAGUAAAAGCUGAAAAGCUGUGUUUAACCAUCCUAAAGAGUGCGACUUUUCCCCAUGUUCAGUGUUAAGGCACAGGUUUUAUAAAAACCUUUCAGAUGUCCUACCUACACCUCAUUUUGAGGAAAGAGAAGUGUUAGCUAGGUUCUCAUUUGAUUAGGAUCCUGCAGUGUUGUCUGUUGUGGAACCCUAAAAGGAAAAGACUAAGCUAUGUCAUGAAUGUAUUACCCCUGUCAAAUAUCAUGUGCAAUGAGACAUGAUUAAUACCACUAAAUUGGCCAGAGUGGAAAUAUCAAAGCCCGUGCCAUCCUUGAACUCGAAGGCUAACGGUACACAUUUCUAUAAUAUUCCUUCACCAUUUUCUUUACUUUAGUGUUCUUCCUUUUAGGUCUGAAGAUGCCCAGCCUGGUUUACAGUAUAUGUUAGGUACAUUGAUUCAGCUUCCAGGGAACUUUCUUUUGGAGUGUGGCUCCAGUGUGGAUGUGAGCAGGGACUAGAAAUGCCCUUUUACUUCUUGACAUGCUAUUUCCACAGUGUUUCUUCCUUAGCGUCAUGCAUCACGUCGUGGACAAUGAUGACAUGCAGUUGCCUGCCUAAUAGUGACAAGAAUGAUCUCUCUAACCCCUUCCAGGCACAAAGUGGUCUCUGGGAUGAGUCUGCUAAUGAUGAAACCAUACUGAGGGUCAAGAUAAAGUGGUGAUCUCUUGGCUGAAGAUCUGAUUCAUGGCUUAUGAUAAAGUGGGUAUUUUACCAGUACAGGCAGAAAUCUGCUGGCAUUUUGAUAAAAAAGGAAGCUAAAAUUAUAGAAUGUAACAAUUAAGUAAAUUUCACAUUACAAAACUGAAUGCCGAAGCGUUUUAUGGCUCAUCAGUAGGCAGCUUUGACCCACUGAACAUCAGUGUGUGUGUUUGCACUGAAACGCUAAGCACACAGACCCAGGAGAGAUACACCAUGAGAGUAGAAUUUGGAGUUAAAAGGGGGAUAUUGCCCAUUGGCCAGCUGUGGGACUUAUUGUCCCUGUCAAGACCAUUCUCCGUGGAUUAAAAGGGUGGAUGAUACCCAUCUGUUGGGGCCUUACGGGAUGUGGUAGAGAACUGCAGGCAGCCAGAGGUGCAUGAAAUCUGCUACUGUAUUUUCCAGGACUGCUGGAUACCAGUCCUUGGGUAAAAGAACUCGUACAAAGUUCACCGGUUAUGAAAUGGAUAUGACCUGUCAGUUUUCUGUCUCCUCAGGGCAGUGCACUAUACUGCCUCUGGAUAUCAGAGAUGCCAGUGCUUACAGCAGCUGGAAUUGGACUCGUGAAAAUAAAGGUGUGUAACUAGUUAGAGAUAUAGUAAAGCUUUAACUUUGCUGGUCAAAUUGUAACUAUCAUAAUAGUAUUUAUUGAUGAAGCUCACGGUCCUUCCAUUGUACAGAUUGAAAAACUUUCUUGAAAGUUCCAACAUACUGAUGUAAAUUAUAUUUAUUACAAUGUAUAAUAUUAAUAUGUCACAUUGGUGUAUUUUACAUAAUGUAUGAUGCAUAAAAAUGAGUUACUGUAUAUUAUGCUUUUCAAAUAUCAGUAUCUUGAAAUGUUUUAAGUUUUCAGAUUUUUUUAAUCUAAAAUACGAAAAUCUGUUUUGUGAUACAAGUGAUUCAUUUUCUCUAGAAAUGCUUUUGCACGUUUAUCUUUUUAUUUAGGGUUCUUCCUACAUAGACACAGUUUGGUGUCAAACUUUCAUUAGGAUCAAUAGUAAAUACAGAAUAUCUUAGCCAAACUGGAUCUGUAUUGGCUACAUUUUAUAUACUGUUAUAGAAGUGUUUAUAUUGUCUUUUCAAUACAUUUGGAAUUGUAUCCCCAAAUACAGUCAGAGCUUCCCAUUUCUAAGUGCAAAAGUUUUGUCCUAAGUUCAGACAACAUCACUUAUGUUUUAGAAGUCUGGUGAGAUGGGCACUAUAGAUAUAAUGUUAGCAUUUAAGGAAAUACUUAAGGGAGAUGGAGAGAGAAAGAGACAGAUGGUAUAAUCAGUUACUCUGCUCAAUUCUGCUUCAGUUUUUAUGUUGUGUUUCUUCUUAAGGUGAAAUAGCAUAAUCUUAAUUUCUUUGAGAUGAAGUUUCUAAGUAACACACUACCAGCAAGUUCAACAUUGCUAGUAAUUUUAAUGUUUUAUCUGUUCAUUUGAUAACUUUAAUUCCAACUUUUACAAUAAUAUCUAUAUAUUAUUUGCUGAAUCCUGUUACAGUUUUAAAAUAAAUUCUGUUGUACAUUGUAUUAUACACAUCAUUCCAAAUUAAUAUGAAGGGGAAUAUAUAUUACAUAUCAAAAAAUUGUGAAUUUGAGAUCUAGUAUGUGUUAGUGCUUUUGCCAAAAUGUUUAUUUUUAUAAUAUCUGUGAUUUUAAUAUAGGUAAUUGAACUAGAUUUCUUUGUGAUGAAUAGUGCCAUUGAAUGACUGGUAUGGAAACAGUGUUACUUGACAUUUUGUGCUUUCUCAGGUUUAUCUGUAUCAAUGGUAGCUUAACAGAUUCCAGACUAAUUGUGCAUAAUUGUGUUUUAAAAGGAAUGUACAUUUCCUAUAAGUUUGCAUGCAGGAGUAUACAACUUGGAGUGUGUGUGUGUGUGUCCACAGCAUGGCAGCCAGCUUUGUAUCUGCUGUUGAUAAUAACAGCAGAGCUUUGGUAUAAUCGUGGUCAUUAGAAUUAUACCUACCAUAGACAGUUAAAACCGGAAGAAUCUCAAUAAAACUAUGAAAUGUGG